UUUUUACUUGCUUUAGUGGCUGUGGCUCCCUAAUUAAUUGCAGCUAUCUGUCUCCUAUCGAUGUGUGUGUACAUGUGUGUUGUGUGUGUGUGUUUCCUUUUUUCUCCCCAAACCGAACAUGAAAUAGUUUGUUGGGCUAUACUUUCUUUCUUCCUAUCGUUCCCCCCUUCCGUCCUUCCCGUCCUGGUUCGCAGGCAGAGACAGGACAGAUUGAGACCCAGCUGUGUUCGUCGCUUUUGGUCGUUGCCAUUUUCCCCCCUCAUUGCCCGGUGAUGUUGGAUAUGGGAGAGCGCAAAGAGGUGAAAAUGAUUCCUAAAUCGUCGUUCAGUAUAAACAGUUUGGUGCCCGAGGCCGUGCAAAGCGACAACAACAACCACCAGAACCAGCAUCACCACCAGAACCACCACCACCAGAACCACCACCGGCCCGGCGGCGCGGACGAAGCCGAGCAGAAGGCUCCUCUCCCGGUCGCGCAGCAGGACGGCAAAGCGGAUCCUAAGAGUGACUCCUCGAGCCAGGAGAGCUGCCCGGACGACAAGGAGAAAGCGGAGGAGAAGAAGGACGGGAAAGACGGGGACGGCGGCGCCGGAGGGAAGGACGGAGAGAAGAAAAGCGGCAAGUACGAAAAACCUCCUUUUAGUUACAACGCGUUGAUAAUGAUGGCCAUCAGGCAGAGCCCGGAGAAGCGGCUCACCCUCAACGGCAUUUAUGAGUUCAUCAUGAAAAACUUCCCGUACUACCGGGAGAACAAGCAGGGCUGGCAGAACUCCAUCCGGCACAACCUCAGCUUGAAUAAAUGCUUCGUCAAGGUGCCGCGGCACUACGACGACCCGGGCAAAGGGAACUACUGGAUGCUGGACCCCAGCAGCGACGACGUCUUCAUCGGCGGCACCACCGGGAAGCUCCGGCGGCGGUCCACCACGUCCCGGGCCAAGCUGGCCUUCAAGCGGGGCGCCCGGCUGACCUCCGGGCUGACCUUCAUGGACCGGGCGGGCUCCCUGUACUGGCCCAUGUCCCCCUUCCUCUCCCUGCACCACCCGCGGGCCAGCAGCGCCCUGGGCUACAACGGGACCUCCUCGGGCUACCCGGGUCACCCCAUGUCCUACAGCACCAUGCUCACCCAGAACAUGGGCAACAACCACUCGUCGUUCCCGUCCUCCAACGGGCUGAGCAUGGACCGGCUGGUCGGCGGGGAUCUCCCCUACGCGACGCACCACCUGACGGCGGCGGCCCUGGCGGCCUCGGCGGUGCCCUGCGGCCUCUCCGUGCCUUGCUCCGGGGCCACUUACUCCCUGAACCCGUGCUCGGUCAACCUGCUGGCCGGGCAGACCAGUUACUUUUUCCCCCACGUCCCGCACCCGUCCAUGACCACGCAGUCCGGCGGCAGCGGCGGCUCCUUGCAGGCUGCCCGGGCUUCGGCCUCCAAUUCCCCGCAGGCUCCGUCCUCCUCCUCGCUGCCCUGUGACUCUCUGAGGCCGGCUCUGUCCGGCUCUCUGCCGGCCUUCUCCUCGGGACUUUCCGGGGGUUUGUCUGACUAUUUUACGCAUCAAAACCAGGGGUCGACCUCCAACCCGCUUAUACACUAACACCCCCAAAACCUUUACCCCUCCACCUUACCUCACCCUCCAUCCCUCCAUCCCUUCAUCCCUUCAUCCUCUCCACUCACUCCUGAUGAGUGAAAAUGACUGGAACUGUAAGUUGAACAUUUUACACUGAACAUUUACAUUGUAAAAAAAAUUACAAAAUUAUUAUAAACUACCUACUAUAGAAAAAAAGAGGAGAGACUUAAACUGCAAAACAAAAAGAGCAGCAGAGAAACUCACAGAAAGCAGCCCUGAAGUUUCCAGGUAUUUUUUAAUAUUAUUAUUAUUAUUAUUAUUAUUAUUAUCUCUUCUUCUCUUCUUUCUCUUCUUCUCUUCUUCUUCUUCUGCUCCAUCUUCUCCUGCAGUUUUAAUUUCUGUGUACAUAAUGUCUGUUACUAUAAGUGUCCGGGGUUUGUCUCUGUAUAGUUACUGUCAGUCAGCGACGUGCAAUGUGACCUGAGCUAAAAAACAGAGAGAACGAUGAUAGGCUGAUUUUUUUUCUGUUGUUGUUGUUGUUGUUGUUGUUGUUGGAGGAGGCAUUACUUUUUUUAUAGAAUGUGUAUUUAAAAUAGUUUUGUCUAAUUUUGAGAUUAAAAAAAACGUUAAAAUAAUAAUAAUGAUAAUAUCUCUAAUAGCCGGUUUGUGCCCGCAUGUUUGCAGUAUUAUCAGGUAUCAUGCGGGUUAGAAAAGAAGCGGCGGAGAAUGAUUUUUAUUUUACAAAAAUUUAAACACUAAUUUUUUUCUAUACAGUGAAAUGUGUUUUUUUAAGCGACUCCCGCCGUUAAAACCAUGAGGCUGUUUAUUUCCUCCAUUCUUUUAUUUCCCAGUUUAAAAACUGUUCAUGUACUUUUAUAGACCAAAGAAUCGGUUUUUAGGAAAUUUAGUCAUUAUUCAGCUGACAGAGGCCUAAUGUAGUAGGAAUUAGAGAGUGAAUGAGUGAGUGUGUGAGUGAGUGAAUAGAGGGGUGAACUGUUGCCUCCCGCACUGCAGAAAAUGUCCAUUUAAACGAGAUUUUUACGGCAGUAUUUUUUUUUUAGUUUCUUAAAUUAGCGGAAAUCUGAAUGGAGUUUGGUGGUGUCGUGUUUUCUGUUGGUGCAGUUGGAGGCAUCUCGCCUUAACCCGCCUCGCUUUUGACUCAGUGUUGAAGUGCGUUGGAUAACACGUGAAUUUAACUCCUCAUUUUUGCAGAAAAAUCCAAAUUUUAACGCAGAAUUUUGAGCGUAAAUGUCUCGUUUCUCAGAUGGAUAUUUUCCGCGGUGGCAGACUGUGAUGUGCUUUCUCUGACUGUAAACGUGAUCGCCGGUAACAACGGACCUUCACGCCUCCUUCUUUUUAUUUUUAAUUUUAUUUUUUUGUAUAAUUAGUAAAAGAGAGAGUAAAUGUCUAUUUGUAAUUUGAAUUUGGGUUUUUGCUUCUUUUCUAAAAAGGAAGAACAAUGUAAAGACCCGUUUGUUUGACAGAAGAAAAAAUGCCUCAUUAUCUAAUACUACUUGGAAUGAUUGUCCUUUAAUUGUCGUCUCUAAAAACAAUUUUUCAUGGUUGUGAUACUAUUGUGGUCUUAUUCUUAUU